AUGUACGUCAGGAACAAGUGGCUGCGCUGGCGAGACUGGCGACCUCGGCUGCGCAACUUCUUCUCCACGCUUCCCGGCCAGGACACAGCUCGUCGCCCUCAGGCCGACCAAGCGGCGCGGCUCUCCCUGGCGGCGUAUGGGUAUGAACUAGCGCUGGAUGCGGGUACUGUUGGCCAAGACUACUAUAAUGAACAAGCACUCGACAGUGAAUACCGCCUUGCUGGAUGA